AUGACGACGACGACGAUCUUCCGUCUUCCGAGGGAUAUGGUAGAGGAGGUUUUGUCCAGGGUUCCAUUGAAAUCUAUGAGAUUUACUUGCAAAAAGUGGUACACUUUAUCCAAAAACCGGAGCUUUACGAAGAUGCACCUUGCUAAAAUCGCAGAGGAAGGGAAUUCUAAUCCUCGGAUGAUCGUGUUGAUGGACUCAAAGCUUUAUUUGACGAGCGGCAUCGUCAAAGGAACUGACUUUGAUCCAUAUAUAGAGCCUGAAGGCAAACUUAUUUGCCUAAACGAUUUGGAACAGGUCAAGAUAUUUCAAAUCUUUCACUGCGAGGGUCUAUUGUUAUGCAUCUUGAAAGACAUUUCAAAGAUUGUGGUUUGGAAUCCGUAUUGGGGGCAACCAAGAUGGAUCGAACCUAGAUAUUCUUACGGACAUUGCAGUUACAGGUACGCACUCGGAUAUUCCAAGAAGAAUAAGAAGAACAAAUCUUACAAAAUCUUGAGGUUUAUAGAUAAGUACUUCUGUCCGACCAAGAGCAGACAUCACUUUUCAUGGUAUGAAAUCUACGAUUUAGACACUGGUUUAUGGAAGACUCUUGUUGUCACUUCAAUACACUGGAAGAUAUUAUCUAAUGACCUUGGUGUUUCUCUCAAGGGAAACACUUACUGGAUCUCUUAUAAUAGGAAACUGAUACCAAUACAAGAACCCAACGUUUACUUAAUAUGUUUUGAUUUUACGAGAGAGAUGUUUAGACCGCUUCUUCCUCUGCCUCCUCUGCCUGGGGGCCUCUGGGGCCGUGAACUUGUAACUCUAUCUUGUGUUAAAGAAGAGAAGCUUGCGGUUUUCUAUCAGUACGAUAAAGCACCUAUGGUUGAGAUAUGGAUUACGAAUAAGAUUGAGGAAGAAGAGGUGUUGUGGAGCAAGUUCUUGACUGUUAAUAUGGCAACAGUCGCUAAGACUCCGAUAUCAUUUAGGCGUGGAGAUUUCUACAUUGACGAGGAGAAGAGACUCGCUAUGGUUUUUGAUAAAGUUAGUGAUGAAUAUUGUCACACAGUUAACAUCAUUGGAGAGGAUGGAUACUUUAGAGAAGUGGAUCUUGACGAGGAUGGUUCUUCUUCUAAAUUGGAUGUCAGAGCAUCUAGAGAGAAUUUUGCUUUGAGGACGACUGAGCUCUUAGUAUCAUUAAAGCUUGUACUUGGGAGGAAUUUCAAGAGAGGCUUAUUUCCUAUUCUUGACACUCUUUUAGAAGGAGAGCUGUAG